UCGUUUUUUUUUGUACGUGUAUUUACGUUUUUUUUUUGAUUAUUUGAUACUUGUUAGGAUUUAGUACAUUCCCUUUUUUACACCCUUGGGUGGGGAUAUUUUUCUAAAUUCUAACGAGUAAAACCGCUAACGGUAUCGGCUUAAAUAUUGUUCGCCACUUUCUGCCAUUAAAAUAUAUCAUUAUCUUCCUAAUCGCUGUCGUAUACGUUUCGUAUAACCCAAACACAAGGUAAUAUUUAAUAAAGAUUUUUAUUUAAACAAAAUUUUAAAAACACUUUUCGUUUUAUUUUCACGCACGAACAUUUUGGUCCAAUCGAGCCGGAUUUAAUUUGCCGCUUUCAAGUACACCACAAAUUAAUUGGUAUUCUUUUUGUUUUUAUUUGUUUCAACACAAGAUCGCCAUAUUUAUUUGGACAUUUUGCCAAACAACAACAGGAAUUGUAAUUUUUUUUGGAACAUAAAAACAAUUAAUAAGCACUAUGGAACGCAUUAUGGCCAUGUCUGAAGCUGAUCUCCUUGAGGAGUAUGGUGAGGCAAUGGAGGUUGACACCGCAGCAGCCACGAAUCAACCGGGUUCUACCGACAAGUCCGACGAUGGCGCCACCAGUAUCGCCGCCGUGGAAAACCCACCAGUCUCCGUGAUCCCUGCACCAGAGGUCCCAAUGACAUCCAACAAAAACUCCACUGCACCUGCAGUGGUUUCAGCUCGAGAGGUACCUUUGACCUCACCUGAGCAACUGUCUGCCCCUAUGGCAGUACCGGCUCUAGAAGCCGAAACUACGCAAAAUCCUGAUCCCGUAUCAGGUGCCACGGAAGCCUCAGGUUCGAAUCCGGUCGCGAAUUCAAUAAGCGAACAACAAAAUUGCCCUCUUUGUAAGCGACGUCAUCGACUAUCGGGUUGUCGAAAAUUUCAAAAUAUGUCCUUCGAGAGGAGAAUUAGGAUGGUGUUAUUGCACCAUUGUUGCUCUCGGUGCCUAUCAGCGGAACACAUCUCUCGUGAUUGUACGAGUAAAGGCCGUUGUAAAAAAUGUAAAGGAAAGCACCAUUCUAUGCUCCACUCGAAGAAUCACGUCGCCGCCAAAUCUAAAAAAAGCGCUCGAAACUAAGCUACCCGACCAGACGCCCCGUUAACUCUUCGCCGUUGCCGUUGCUUCAUGUCGUGACAUUCUCACCAACAGCAACCGUUUUGUUGCUUGGCUCAAAAAAGAGCAUUCGGGUACGGGCAGCUUUAGACCUUUGCUGCAGUAUGAGCUAUAUUUGCUCCUCCUUAGUUGCAAAUCUAAAACUGCCCGUGACCACUGUUGGUGCAGACCAAAUAUGUCGAGUGAACAUUUGUUCACAAUAUGACCCGACGCAACAAAUAACGUUUACCGUUAAAGUAAAGAAAAUGCAAGGCAUUAAAACACCAUUGCAAACAGUUUCGGAUUCGGUUAAAAUUCAUUUUGAGGGACUGCAAUUGGCAGACCCUAGUUUUAAUGUCUCUGGCAAAGUCGCACUUGUCAUUGGUCCGGAAAUUGCUCCGCAAGUUUUAAAAGGGAAAAUAUAUUCGAACCCGGGACUUCCGAUGGCUCAAUACACCAUUUUUGGUUGGGUCAUUUCUGGCCAAGCCUCUCUUUAAGAGGCCCAGUUCAUGGUCUGAUUUAAAACCAUUCUCCCAUGAGAGCAGUAUGUAGUCUGCGUAAAACUACAUCCCAUAGACUUUGUUCUAUGGGAACAUCUUUACCAGCUGGUCUGGUUUUUGGUCCUAUGACCAAUCUGUUGUUUGAAAAAAUGAAUUAAAUAAAUAAAUGGAAAAAAACCUAUUACUUUAAGCUCUUUAUUCUUUAUUAGAUUUUACCUCUUAAGUUUAUAUUAUGGUUGCAACGUCCUUUGUUGUUGCAAGGUGGCCGGCAAUGUUUAAGUUCGUUUUUUUUGUACGUGUAUUUAUGUUUUUUUUGAUUAUUUGAUACUUGUUAGGAUUUAGUACAUUCCCUUUUUUACACCCUUGGGUGGGGAUAUUUUUCUAAAUUCUAACGAGUAAAACCGCUAACGGUAUCGGCUUAAAUAUUGUUCGCCACUUUCUGCCAUUAAAAUAUAUCAUUAUCUUCCUAAUCGCUGUUGUAUACGUUUCGUAUAAC